GGGAUGUCUCUGUACAGAAACACCAUCUGGUUCCUGAAGGGGAUGAGGGAGUACACCAAAAGUGGGUAUGAGACUGCAGCAAAACAAUUUUUAUCAGAAGAUUUGGAGUUCGAUGUCAGGGGAAGGUCUUAUAUGAUCACUGGAGCAAACAGCGGGAUUGGCAAAGCUGCUGCCUUGGUAAUUGCAAAGAAAGGUGGAACUAUCCACUUGGUGUGCAGAAAUAAGGAAAGAGCAGAAGAAGCCCAAAGAGAACUCAAAGCAAACAGUGGAAAUGAGGACAUUUCAGUGCAUUUGCUGGAUAUGUCUGACCCCAAACAAAUAUGGGAAUUUGCUGAGAAGUUCAAGACUGAGCAUAAACUAAAUGUCUUGAUAAACAAUGCCGGGUGCAUGGUUAAUAAGCGGGAACUGACUGAAGAUGGCCUAGAGAAAAAUUUUGCCACCAAUACUUUGGGUACAUACAUUCUAACAACUGCACUGCUGCCAUCUUUGGAGAAAGAAGAGGAUCCCAGAGUUAUAACGGUUUCCUCGGGAGGAAUGUUGGUUCAGAAACUGAACGUGUCAGACCUGCAGUUUGAGACAGGCACAUUUGAUGGCACAAUGGCAUAUGCACAGAACAAGCGACAGCAAGUAAUAUUAACAGAGCAGUGGGCUAAAGCCAACCCGAAUGUCCAUUUCUCUGUCAUGCACCCAGGCUGGGCUGACACACCAGCUGUGAGAUCCUCAAUGCCAGAUUUCUAUGAAAAGAUGAAGAACAGGUUACGCACAGAGGAGCAAGGUGCAGACACUGUUGUAUGGCUGACACUUUCCCCCUCUGCCAAGAAGCACCCGAGUGGCCUUUUCUUUCAGGAUCGGAAACCUGUUUCUACACAUUUACCCUUUGCGCUUACACAUUCCUCUCCUGGGGAUGAAGAGAAACUUAUGGAGAGCUUGAAGGAACUGUCCCAAAAAUUUGCACCCGCUUCCUGUAAAUUGUAACACUUCCUCAAUAACUGUUAACUUACCAGGCGGCUUUAAUAGUGCAGAUUGCGAAUGUACAUAAACUCAUUUGGUAGGUGAAUAACAAUACAAGAAACUCAAAGCAAAUUUUGUACUUUGCAGUUGACACUGGAUUAAGCCAUACACUUUUUAAGGCUUCAGUAAGCGGCUGCAGAACUCCAUUUUGAUGCAGACUAUAUUUCUUUUAUUUCUACCAAACAGCUUUAGGCUUAUGGUACACAGGGCAAAUUGUCCACUGCUGCUCACUUGAGUGUUUAUGUAUGGAGGUCCAUCUGUCAACACUUUGUUUGCAACAGACAGAGCACUUUGCUUUUGAUAACCUCAAGACUGAUAACAGAUGGACAGGGGCAGCUUGCCUACUUCAGCAGAAAAAUGCAGCAGCAAUUGGUGGGCAAAAUGUCCCUGAUAUUGACAUGAACAGUGACCUCUAUCUAGCUAUCACUCCUCAUGUGCAUCAGCCAGCGUGUGUGCCGUUGGCAGAGGCAUCUAGACCACUGGUCUGUGUGGGAUGAUGGUAGCAGUCAAAUUGCUCCUUGUGCCUGUGGCUCUGAGCUUUGCAUCUCCUUGAGUUUACUUUAAAUAGGCCACAAGGUAGGCGAGGGGCUGAUCAACAAAGCUUCCCUUCUCACUCAGUUAUAAGAUACAUUGCCAGGCAUUCAGGUAACCCUGUAAUUAUCAGCUGCUUCAGGGUUCUGUAUGGGGGGCAGAACCCAGGUUACUAAAGUCAGCUGCAGUAUCUUGACCACAGAACUAAUAAGGACGCUUCUGCCCUGCUAAUGAACCCAAGGUACUGUCUGUCUGAGACCAGGAAGUUGGUUUGUACUACAAGCUGACAGAACAAAUGACAAAAUUGCAGUGUAUGUUCAUACAAAGUAUAUGGCUGCUAUUAUACAUUCUAACUAUAUAUAAUUAUAUUCAGGAUCUCAUUUUUAUCACUUUAUUUUCUUUUGUAUAUCACCUCAGAAAA